AUUAAAUUCCAUCCACCUAUAUAAAGGCCGUCCCUGCAUCCUAAAAAUCCAAUCUAAAGCCCCUCCUUCCUAUAGAUCAAGCUACUAGAAAGUUUUUCUCUAAUUUCAACCUAGGUUCAUAAGAAGAAAACAAGAAUGGGAGCUAAAGCUUCCACUCACAAAAUUGUUGAAAUGCAGUCGACGAGCCAGUGGACAGCCCAGCUUGAGGCCUCCAAACAAAGUAACAAGCUGUUGGUCAUUGAUUUCUCGGCGACAUGGUGCGGACCUUGCAAAUCGAUGGAACCGACGAUUGAAGAGUAUGCAACUAUAUAUAAAGAUGUUCAGUUCAUCAAGAUUGAUGUUGAUAUGUUGGCGGAUGUGGCUCGGGAAUUCAAGGUCGAUGCGAUGCCAACAUUCGUUCUUAUUAAGAAAGGGAAAGAAGUAGGCAGGAUAGUGGGGGCUAGAAAGGCUGAACUGCAGAAGAUGAUUGAGAAACACAGGAUCUGAUUAUUAUAAUUCUGAAUGGUGAAUGCGUUAACUGUGUUUGUGGGGGAGAGAAGGACCCUGGAACUAUAUUCCUUUUGCAUAAGAGGAUAACAAAGGGAAGAUAAAAUAAAAAUGGCAACACAAAACUGUUGGUCGUACUCAUCAUUAGGCCACAGAUAAGUAAGGUUGCUGUAAUGUAUUGCCGGUAUAAUAAACCCGAUGAAGGGUGAUUCACUUUUGCU